CAAUUGACUCCCACGCCUCUCUCUUUUAAGACAUUAGUCACUUCCCUGUCCUGUCUAACUUGUGGUAAUCGCCACGUCAUCACCCGACCAGAGAAAGAAGCAUCCCACAUAAACCCCUCUCUCUCUCUCUCCGAGGAAACAUCAGAUUCAUCCAUGGAAGAAUCUGAGCCAAAGGACGGGUACUUAACAACCACCGGAUCCGCCGGAAGAGUGACGUCACAAUCCUACUCCGGCGGCGGCGGCGGCACGACGAGCGUCCACGUCAGCGCCCUGGACGGCCUCGUGAACGUGAACUCGCUCUUCACCAUCGCCGUCUUCGUGGGUCUGUCCCUGGCGACGCCUGGACAACGCAGCCUCGAGGAUCGCUCCGCCUGCGACGCCGGUGCUGACGUGGCGAAGAAGCUUCUGGUAUUCGAGGUCGUCUCCUUCAGCUUCUUCCUGUUCUCGUCUCUGGUCGCUCAGGGCCUGAAGCUCGCCCUGAACCUGCUCAACAGCAAGGACGUGGACGAGGCCUUCAGGGCUCACAUCAACAUUAGGGUUUUGAGAUUGGGGAUGAUUGGAUCAGCUGUCGGAUCCGUCAUGGGCUGUCUGUUCCUGAUGCUGUCGAUGAUCGAUGUGAUCCAGAUCCGGUUGGGUAUGCUGUCAUGUGGCAGCAAAUCCGCGGCUCACGCCGUGACGGCGCUCGUGAUUCUCGUCUCUUCCGCUCUGUUGAUCUACAUUUCCACCGCCAUCUACGCUUUCUCUCGGUGAAACAACGAUCGGUAUCGGUGUAAAUAUAAAGAGCGUCAUCAAAUUUGACAGCUUUUGGUGAUAGGAUUUGUGGGUUAUUUCAUGACCCAGGUGGGGCCGUAAUUUGUGAGCUAUCAGUCUCAUGAACAAUGAAGUUUGAUAUCUGUGUUCUUGUCUGAAGUUAUUGAGGUAAAUUACCACUUCGUUUGUUGUUCUCUAAAAUUCCUUAAUGUUUUGUAAGAACAGAGAUUGCUGAUGAUUUGUCUGUCAAAGAGGACCUUCUUCUUCA